GGCAUUUCCUGGUCGGCCGGCGAUGGAGGAGACCUGCUCAGCCUUCCUGGACUACAAAACGGAGAAGUUUGCCCUCACCAGGAACCGUAAAGUGGGCCUUUUGCACCGCCUGAUCCAGCUGGGCAUCCUGGCAUACACAUUCGGAUGGGUGCUCCUCAUCCAGAAAGGCUACCAGGAAAAGGAUACGGACCCACACUUCUCAGUAAUCACCAAACUGAAAGGGGUUUCGGCCAUUCAGGUCCAAGAGCUCGGAGAGCGACUGUGGGAUGUGGCCGAUUACGUGAAGCCCCCUCAGGGAGAAAGUGUCUUCUUCUUGGCCACCAAUUUCAUUGCGACACCGAAUCAAACACAGGGGUUGUGCCCUGAGCAUCCUUCAAUCCCAGAUGGAAACUGCCAGCAAGAUUCGGAUUGUAGGGCUGGAGAGCCAGUAGUCAAUGGGAACGGAAUCAAAACGGGAAAGUGUAUCCAUUUGAAUGCUACCAGCAACACCUGCGAGAUCUACGGCUGGUGUCCGGUGGAAAACAAGACCUUACCCAGGAAACCGCACUUGAUCGAAGCUGGAAAUUUCACUCUGUUUAUUAAAAACACAAUCAACUUUGCCAAAUUCAACUUCUCCAGGACCAACACUUUGAAGACGAUGAAUGGGGCCUACUUCAAGGGCUGCCGCUAUGACGCUCUGGAUAGCCCUUUCUGCCCUGUUUUCCGUAUUCAUGACAUGGUGGAGGCUGCCGGGGCUAGCUUUGAGGAACUGGCCCUCAAGGGGGCAGCCCUUGGUUUGCGCAUCGACUGGGACUGCGACGCCGAUCAAGCCCCAUCGCAAUGCCAUCCUGGCUAUUCCUUCAACCUCCUGGACAAGGAAUUCAACUUCAGGACAGCCUCCUAUUACCGGGCCCCACUUUCUCCUCCCUCCCGGAGUCUGCUGAAACUCUACGGCAUCCGCUUUGACAUUUCAGUCCGUGGUCAGGCUGGGAAGUUCAGUAUCAUCCCCACUGUUGUCAACCUGGGCACCGGAGCAGCAUUCCUCGGGACUGUGAGUAUGGCCAGGUGGAAGGGCAAAGCAAGCUGUUCAUUCAGGAGCACAGCGAUGUUGGAGAUGUGUAAAAAUUGAACCCAGUGUAAAACCCACCAAGGGGUCAUGCCUUUGUUGGCCAACAGAAAUGCACCAAAUGAACAAUUUGAAGCUCCACCUGGCCUUCAGUGUUGGCCUUGUCCUUUCUUUAAACAUGGCAGGGAGAGGCUGUUUUUUGAGUGCCAAAUGCUGCCUUUUUCUAUCCUAGGCCACUGUCAUCUGUGAUCUGGUGCUCUUGUACCUUGACGC